AUGGAUAGAUCAGUAAAUCAAUCGUCCAAUACUCUUAUUUCAUCUAGAAAACUUUCAUUUGCUAAAAAAGCAUCGUCAGAUCUUCAGCAAGGCCGAAAAAAUGAUUCAUCAUUGAGACAAAUAAAAAUUUUAGAAAAACCACUGGAAGAAGUUUCAUCAUCUCAAGGUCAACAAAGUACCACUAGUUCAACUAAGAAGAACGCUGUUGAAGCGUUCGUUAAAUCGUGUCCGUAUCGUGCAGAAGAAAUUGAUCGUAAUGCUAUCAUAAAACAACGCGAUAUGUUAGAUUGUCUAAAACGAAUAUCAACCAGACCCGAUUGUUACGGUGUGAGUGUAUUUACCAUUGAUGGUCAAAUCUUAUUUAAUUGUGAAGCAUUAAAAAAUUGGAUACCAGCAUUGGGUCCUCUUUGUUUUUUUGCUCGACAUUUGAUCCGGAAUCAAGAUGCUACAGACGAUAUUACGGCACUAAGAUUAAGAACAAAACGAUACGAAUUGCUUAUAACGAUAAAAAAUGAUCAAUUAUUGGUGGUUAUGCAAAUGUUACAAGGAUUUAUUGAUAAUAAAACAGAACAUGGUAGUCAAAUUGAAGAAGAUUGCGAAAUAUUUCUGAACCGAUUACAUAAAAUGAGAGAAAAAAACUAA